CUCGCCGAUCUGCCGCUCGUCGCUCACGCCGCCGCCGGCGCUCACGCGGUGAAAGGGGAUCGCUCGAUCGAUCGACCGGCCUUGAAGCAGGGUAGCUAGCUCCUCACUUGGCGGCCAUGGAGCAGAACAUUGCUUCAGCUGGGUGGAGGAAGAGGAGACCUGAGGAGGGCGAGCCGGAGUGGGAGACGAUGCACUUGGCGGCGGUUGAUGCGCUCCUUCUGCCGGAUCCUCGCCGCUACUGGGACGAUCCUUCUGCUGCUGCUGCCGCUGGUUUUCUUCCUCAAAGCAAGGCAAGAAACCAUCGCUCCCCUCCUACGAAUAUUGCUUUUACUGUGUUGUUUAUUUAUAUACUGAUAUUUUUUUCUUCAUUGCAGAUGGAGGACAUAUUUUAUCCAGCCCAUGAGCCUGACAUCCUACAGUUGUUACAUGGGCCUCGAGAUGAAAGAGACCUAAGCAAAUGUUUGGCAGGUGAAGCUUGUUCGCUCACUAUGAGAGACCACGUGACAGUCCAAGCAUCUCCAGACCCUAUACUAAAUCUUCUAGAUUUCAUACCUAAGGAUGGGAGAAGAUGUGGCAUGCGACGUGCUCGCAAGAGAAAGAUAUUUCCACUGAAAUCCCUUUGCUCUAAACCUGCUAGAGGAAAAAGACAUUGUCAAAGAAAAAAUAAUGCUCACUGGACAUUGAAUGAAGUGGCCAAGUUAGUAAAAGGCAUUUCAAAGUAUGGGGUUUCACGGUGGACUAAGCUGAAGAGGGACUACUUUCCGGAAUCUCUUCGAACGGCUGUUCAUUUGAAGGAUAAAUGGAGGAAUUUAUUGAAAGCUUGUGGGAUCAACAUCACCUCUAGAAAAAAGGGAAAGACACAAAAGACAAUGCUGCGGCCUCUGGAUACGCGGUUAAUUGAACAGAUCAAGCAGGUAGCAUCUAAACACCCUUACCCAAGGCCAAAGUACUCCUAAGAACCGUUACUAUUUGGGGUUCUAAGUGCUAGAAAAGAGUUAGCAACAGGUAGAAAAUUCAUUAUUUUUGGAAUACAAAGCAAAAGGUCAGUGCAUAGAGGGUGAUGAAUAGUAGAGUAGAUUUUAGUGCAGGACAAUCAAGAGGGGAGCCGUUUAUCCCCUCCCUAAUGUUUACAUUGUCAGCUUCGUUUGUAAUUUCGUAGUGAACUGUAAAUAUUUAC